AAAACAAUAAAUAAAAAACAAAAAAUAAAAAAAUAAAAAUAAAAUAUAAUGAUAAACAAAAAUAUGAUAAAAACAUUAUUUUUAAUUACCUUAUUAUAAUUUGCAUUUACUGAUGAUGUAAAAGAAUGUUAAGAUUUCACAACAAAUAACAUUAGUUAAGUCAAUGACGCAUGGGAAAUCAAAAAUAAACUUAAUGUUCCUUAAUAUUAUAAAAUUAAUAAUAACGAUUUUGAUGAUGAAGUUACAAAAGUUCCAUUUUACUCUUAAUGCAGUAAAGAGGAAAUUUAUGUAUAAUCUAAUAAUAUGAAUUUAGAUUAAGAAGAUUUUGACGAGAAUGAAUGGAAAACUAGAGAUAAUUAUGAAUACAUUUUUGGUCUUUAAUAAAGAUUUGACACAGAUACAAUUAUAAGAAGAAAAAUCACCUCAAGUAGAAAUAAUUUACCUUCAAAAUGUACUGUUUAGUUUGAUUUAUAUCUUUAAGGAUAUAGAACUAAUGAUGUAUUCUAUAUAUACCUUGAUGAAGAUUCUGGUCUUUAAUAAAUUAAUUCGUUUGAUUGUGCAAGUUACGUAAGUAAAAAUGCUGUAUAAAAAGAUCCAAUUACAGGUGCACUUGUUACACCUGCAAGAAAAUGCUAUGACAGUGUAUAUUUCAGAACUUUAACUGCUUUUAAAAUUUUUAUAAAACCCUUCACAUAUAUUCCAAAAAAAUCAACUUAUUAUCUCUAAUUCUAAGGUAAAUUUAAAGCAAAAAGUUUAGGAGAUGAAGCAUUUUGGGGUAUUAAAAAUUUAGACAUAACAUGUACUUAUGAUUAAGUUCCUUGCCUAGGUGGCUAAACAAGAUAAACUGAUGGAUCAUGUGCUUGUCCUAAUAAUACAUAAUGGUCAUCAAGUAAAAACUAAUGUGAUUGCUUAGGAAGUCACACUGAAUUAAAUAAUGAUAAAUCAAAAUGUGUAUGUAGUUCUGGAUGGGUUCCUAACCCUUCAUUAGAUAAUACUUUUAAAUUGAACUGUUAUCCUGAAAAAUGCCCUGGAAAUCAAAUUCCCGACACUGUAACUGCUUCAUGUAUUUGUCCAGGAAAUACUAAACUCAUAGAUAAAACCAAAUGUGGAUGCUCCAAAGACUUAAACUUAGUCUUAAAUAAUGAUUAAAAUUCAUGCGUAUGUUCAUUAACAGGGGAAUUUAUUUUGCAAAAAACAAACAAUAUAUUAAUUUCUUGCUCUUAAUGUCCUAAAAAUACAGCAUCUAACGAUACUUAAACUAAAUGUAUAGGAUGCUAAAAUAAUUUAAUUUUAAUAAAUAGAAAAGACUGUGUCUGUCCUAGUGAUAUGUAAUAUUAAUCACUAACUAAAAAAUGUUUAAGUUGUCCUUCAAACUUGAUCGCUUCAUUAUCUGUAGCAGAUUAAUGUGAAUGUCCUGACGGUUUAAUUAGAAAUCCUAAAAAAUAAGAAUGUAUCUGUCCAUAAGGAGAUUACGCUUAAAAUUUUGAUGAAAAUGGUAAAUUAAUUUAGUGUAGUAAAUGCCCUGAAAAUUAUAUUAUUUUACCAAACGAUUUAAGAACUUGUGUAGGAUGUAAUGCUAAUUCUAUAUGGAAUACUGAAAGAAAUAAAUGUAUAUGUCCUCAAGGAUUAUCCUGGUUAAUAGGUUCUAAUUAAUGCGGAUGCACAGGUAAUAAUACUAUAAUGUAAGGAAAAAUUUGUGUUUGCUAGAGUGGAUUUGUACCAGUGCGUAAAGGUGAUUUAACUAUAUUAAACUGUAGACCAAUUCCUAAGUGUAAUGAAAGUUGUUUCUCUUGUGUUAAAGAUGAUGAUAAAUGUAACAAAUGUAAAGGAAAUCUUGAAUUUGAUUCAGAAGAUGAUACUAUAUGUAAAUGCCCUUCCGGAUUAGUAUUAAAUGAAAAAGGAGAUAAUUGUAAUUAAUGUGCUGAAGGAUAAAUAGUAAACCCAAGCAAUCCUAAAAAAUGCAUAUGUCCAAAUGAUUUAGUUUUAGAUUCUAACACUGGAAAAUGUGUUUGCCCAAACAAUACCUAAUUAGUAAAUGGUAUAUGCGGAUGCCCAGGAGCUAAUACUCUUCUCUAGAACAAAGUAUGUGUCUGCAAAUAAUAGUAUGUACCUGUUCGUAAAGGAGCUACUAAAACACUAGUCUGUAGACCAAUUCCUAAGUGUAAUGAAAGUUGUUUCUCUUGUGUUAAAGAUGAUGAUAAAUGUAACAAAUGUAAAGGAAAUCUUGAAUUUGAUCCAGAAGAUGAUACUAUAUGUAAAUGCCCUUCCGGAUUAGUAUUAAAUGAAAACGGAGAUAAUUGUAAUUAAUGUGCUGAAGGAUAAAUAGUAAACCCAAGCAAUCCUAAAUAAUGCAUAUGUCCAAAUGAUUUAGUUUUAGAUUCUAACACUGGAAAAUGUGUUUGCCCAAACAAUACCUAAUUAGUAAAUGGUAUAUGCGGAUGCCCAGGAGCUAAUACUCUUCUCUAGAACAAAGUAUGUGUCUGCAAAUAAUAGUAUGUACCUGUUCGUAAAGGAGCUACUAAAACACUAGUCUGUAGACCAAUUCCUAAGUGUAAUGAAAGUUGUUUCUCUUGUGUUAAAGAUGAUGAUAAAUGUAACAAAUGUAAAGGAAAUCUUGAAUUUGAUCCAGAAGAUGAUACUAUAUGUAAAUGCCCUUCCGGAUUAGUAUUAAAUGAAAACGGAGAUAAUUGUAAUUAAUGUGCUGAAGGAUAAAUAGUAAACCCAAGCAAUCCUAAAUAAUGCAUAUGUUCAAAUGAUUUAGUUUUAGAUUCUAACACUGGAAAAUGUGUUUGCCCAAACAAUACCUAAUUAGUAAAUGGUAUAUGCGGAUGCCCAGGAGCUAAUACUCUUCUCUAGAACAAAGUAUGUGUCUGCAAAUAAUAGUAUGCACCUGUUCGUAAAGGAGCUACUAAAACACUAGUCUGUAGACCAAUUCCUAAGUGUAAUGAAAGUUGUUUCUCUUGUGUUAAAGAUGAUGAUAAAUGUAACAAAUGUAAAGGAAAUCUUGAAUUUGAUCCAGAAGAUGAUACUAUAUGUAAAUGCCCUUCCGGAUUAGUAUUAAAUGAAAACGGAGAUAAUUGUAAUUAAUGUGCUGAAGGAUAAAUAGUAAACCCAAGUAAUCCUAAAUAAUGUAUUUGCCUUGGUGGUCAAAUUUUAAAUACUUUAACUGGAUUAUGUUCAUGCCCUAACAACACUUAAUUAGUAAAUGGAAGAUGUAAUUGCCCAGGAGCAAAUACAUAACUUUUAGGUAGGUAAUGCUUUUGCAUUUCUGACUUUGUACCAGUUCGUAAAGGAGUUACUAGUACACUUGUCUGUAGACCAAUUCCUAAAUGCAACGAAAGUUGUUUGUCAUGCAGAGAUAAUGAUGAUUUUUGUGUAAAAUGUCUAAAUAAUCUUAUACCAAAUCCUAAUGACGAUACUUAAUGCAAAUGCCCUGAAGAUUCUACUCUUAAUAAAAUAGAAAUGAAAUGCUAUAGAAAUUGUACCCAAAGACAAAUGAAUGACCCCACUGAUUCCUUGAAAUGUAUUUGUAAAUACCCUUUCUAAAUUAAUCCUGGUUCUACUUCUUGCAAUUGUCCUCCUGAUCAAUCAUUAAAUUCUGAUGGAACUGGAUGUGAAACCAAUAUUUAAGAUUGUGCUAGUGUAGGUGCCGUUUUAGGUUAAGAUGCUCUAGGUAAAUCAAUAUGUAUCUGUCCACAAGAUACUAUUACAAAAAUUAACGAAUUCACUGGAUUAAUUGAAUCGUGUGACAAAUCUGAUGUACCUACUCUUUGUAGUAAAACAUGUGAAAAAUGCUUACCUAAUUCAAAUAUUUGUGUUGAUUGUCCACCUGGUAAUUCCUUAACAGAUGAUAGAAAAUCUUGCUAACCCUCUAAAUGUCACCCAAGUUGUCACUGUGAUAAAAUCAGUAAAGAAUGUGCAAGUUGUGCCAUAUGUACUAGAUGUAGAGAACCUUCAAUGGCUGUAAUGAUAUAAUAAGAUUACUGUGCAUGCCAAACACCCUAAUUUGUAUUAAAACCUGAUUCCUCAUGGUAAUGUAAAUCAGUUCCAUAAUCUGUACCAAUCCCAGUUUGUGAUUGGUAAUUAUUCAAUUAAAUCGUAAACAUGGUUGUUGUAUCUAACUGUUCAUUAUAAAAAGACGAAUAAAAUAACACUUUUGUAGUUGAUGCAAUUCAUUAUGAUUUCAGAAGACUUUCAGUCGAAUUAAGUGCUGACUGUUAAAAAGAAUUAAAAACAUAAGUUUUUAUCGCUACUGAUUGCUUAAAUUACAAGCCUUUAGAUCUUAAGUAUUUAUCCAUUAUUAACUCUACUUAAACUAAAAUAAAAAUUCCUCUCAUAGAUUUAUAUGAUCUUAAUGCUGAAUAUAAAAUUGAUACUAGAACUAUUUAUUAAAGACUUUGUUUUGCUAUCGAAUUUUCUAAUUCUAAUGCUACUAUUAGAUAACAUAAAUUUGAAAUGAGAGUAUUUACAAAUAGAGAUUAAGUAGAAGUAUUCCAUUUAGAUGUCUCCAAAUAAAUCACUGAAGGUUGCGAUAAAGGAUAAUAAUGUAUUAUUGUUGCUGAUUUAGAUGUUAAAGGUUCUGUUUGUAAAGAUUAAAGUUGCGUAGAUUUCCUACCUGAAAAUAUUAUACCUUCCUAUAUUGUUGGUGAUCAUAUGUAUGUAAGAAUUUAAUUUGUAGAUAAUACUUAUAAAAAAUUCUUAACUGUUGUUUCAGUUAAAUUCGUUGAUGAUAGAGGUAUUUAUAAUUAUGAAAAAAAUUCAUAAUACUGGACUAUUAGAUAGCAACCUGGAUCAGUAGAUGUUAAUAUUUUAUUAUUCUAACCCCAAAUAAAUGCAAGAGUUGAAGUUUAAUUGAAAAUAUCUCUUAAUCCAGAUUCUAGAUUAAGAGGAUUGGUAGAAAGUACUAAUACUGAACUUAUUACUUCAAUGUUCAGAACAUAAGUAUUGUAAUCAAAAAAUACUGUAAGUGCUUAAAGUGAUAAUGAAAAAUCUUCUUUCGGAUUUAAUUUAAUUUUCACUGUUUUAGGAUUAUUAGUUUGUUUAUUAAUAUGAAUUUGAGAAAUAUAUUUAUAUAUAGUUAAAAAGUUUAUAAAGUUAAAUUAUAUAUAUUUUUGAUUUUAAUAUAUUUUUAAAAAAAAAGUUUUAAUAAUUACUAUUUUUUAUAAUAUAUAUUAUAUAAA